AUGGCCCGCAGACCCGGGGCGCCGGCCGCCUACGGGGAGGACUUCUCCUUCGUCAGCCCGCUGGUGAAAUACCUGCUCUUCUUCUUCAAUAUGCUCUUCUGGGUGAUUUCCAUGGUGAUGGUGGCCAUAGGAGUCUAUGCUCGGCUGAUGAAGCACACAGAAGCAGCCUGGGCCCUGGCUGUGGAUCCAGCCAUCCUGCUGAUCGUGGUGGGCAUCCUCAUGUUUCUGCUCACCUUCUGUGGCUGUAUCGGAUCCCUCCGUGAGAACAUCUGCCUCCUGCAGACGUUCUCACUCUGCCUCACCAUCGUGUUCCUGCUACAGCUGGCUGCCGGGGUCCUGGGCUUCGUCUUCUCAGACAAGGCACGAGGGAAAGUGAGUGAGAUCAUCAAUAAUGCCAUUGUGCACUACCGAGAUGACUUGGACCUGCAGAACCUCAUUGAUUUUGGCCAGAAGGAGUUCAGCUGCUGUGGAGGGAUUUCCUACAAGGACUGGUCCCAGAACAUGUACUUCAACUGUUCAGAAGACAAUCCCAGCCGGGAGCGUUGCUCUGUGCCUUACUCCUGUUGCUUGCCUACUCCCAACCAGGCAGUGAUCAACACCAUGUGUGGCCAAGGAAUGCAGGCCCUUGAGUACUUGGAAGCUAGUAAAGUCAUCUACACCAAUGGCUGUAUUGACAAGUUGGUCAACUGGAUACACAGCAACCUCUUCUUACUUGGUGGUGUGGCACUGGGCCUGGCCAUCCCCCAGCUGGUGGGAAUCCUGCUGUCCCAGAUCCUUGUGAAUCAGAUCAAAGAUCAGAUCAAGCUACAGCUCUACAACCAACAGCACCGGGCUGACCCAUGGUACUGA